AUUUAAGGGAACUAAGAUGCAGCAGCGGUUUUACAACAGUCCUCUUGCGUUUAGCAUUCUAUUGGGGCUGACCAUGUUCAUCUAUAUCGGGUGUAUAGGUCCGUACAGCACGGGGACUAUCACCACCCUUCAACGACAGUUUCUUUUUAAAAGCUCCGAGAUCGGUUUCCUACUCGCCGUCAACGACGUCGUCGCGAUGGUCAUGGUCACGUUGACGGCAUACUACGGAGUCAGCCGAAAUCGUCCACGUAUUCUAGGAUGCUUUACCUUCCUGUUCACAGUGGGAUGUGUGGUUAGUACCAUACCGCAGUGGGUUGAAGAAAGUGCCUACCAGAAUGUUACCAUCGGCUCUAAUUCAUCAUCGUCGAAGGAUCUUAUCUGCGAUUUUACCGGCGUUCCCGAUGACGGAGAUACAUGUUCAGAUAAAGAGAAAGAAGAAUCUGGAGCCCAACACCUAAAGGCAAUUUGGUUGUACAUCGGACAAGCUUUCUUUGGCAUUGCGUCUUCGGGCUACCUCUCGCUUGGGAUCAGCUAUCUAGACGACGGUAUCCCAAGAAAAAAGGCCCCGUUAUAUAUUUGUAGGUUUCUUUAUCUUCCUGUCUUCCUGUACAUCUUCUGA